UCACACACUCCUUCAACAACCUUAAACUCUUCCUUUUUCAUCAUUCACCUUGCCAACCACAUUCACAUGAUCAACAUUCACUCCCCAUACAAAACUUCACAUAUACACAUCAAAAUCACCACCUUUUUCCCUCACUUUCUGUCGUCAUAAUUACUCGACAACGUUUUAAAUUGUAAUCUGCAAGUAACCACGACUAUAUAUAGACGCAUCAUUGAUUGAUGUUUUAGUAUAGUAACUUUGUCUGUGAUGGCUGAGUCACAAGGUGGUAAUGGUAGUAGUUCGGGAAACAGGCGCAACAAAAGCGCAAAUGCUGCUGCAAAGCGUGCAAUAGCAAGAGCAACACAAGAUGAACCGGUUAUUACGCCGUGUGGUGCUUGCAAGUUCUUGAGGAGGAAGUGUAGUAGUGGAUGCAUCUUUGCACCCUACUUUGGUACUGACCAAGGUGCGGCUAAGUUUGCGGCUGUGCACAAGGUGUUUGGUGCUAGUAAUGUGUCGAAGCACUUGUCCAACAUUCCGGCUAGCCAUCGCCAUGAAGCUGCUGCAACAAUUUCCUAUGAGGCUCAAGCUAGGCUAGCUGAUCCAGUUUAUGGCUGUGUGUCCACCCUUCUUGCUUUGCAGCAACAGGUGGCAGCUAUGCAAGCAGAGGUCUCGAUGAUGCAAACUCAGUUGAUGAAUAGGAGGCUUGCAUAUGCAAAUGCAAGUACUCUUCAAGCCCCAUAUCAGCCGCCAUUUCAAUUGGUACAGCAACCAAACUUCAAUGUACCUGUGCAGCCAGCAUAUUCCAACAACUCAUCUGCUUCCACCACCAACCUUAUGAACAUGAACAACUUCAACCCUGGUUUUGGCCUCACAAUGGAGACAGCACCUUCAUCACAGAGCUUAGAGCCUUUUCAAAGCUCCAGGAUGUCUCGUUUUGAGAAAGAUGAUUAAGAACUCCAGGAUGUCUCAUUACGAGGAAGAUGAUUAAGAACAAUGCAUGAUUCACCAAGUAUUCAACAAUAUUACUUCACCAUCAUCGUCAAUGUAUUUCCAUUUUUUUUCCCUUUUAUUACAUCCUUUAUCCCCUAUAGCAUUAUUCACAAGGAUAAUGCUUAUAUAUCGCAUCACUUUCCUUUAUUAAGCCUCUUGAUGGAAUGUAAAAUUUCUGGAUUAUAUGGAAUGUAAAAUAUAUGAAUUAUUAUAA